AUGACCAGCGCAACAGUCUACCCUGAUCUCUCCGAAAUAAUUCCGUCGACGACGUUCCAGAUAACCUUUUGCGAGGGCCAAAUCUCUGCGGAUAUACCACCCUGGCUGAGCGAUGCCCUAGGGUUGACCGAAUUCAGCUCUCUCGCCGAUUCGUCCGAUUCCGAGGUCGUACAAUCUGAUCUGUCGCCGAUGGAUCACAAGGACCAACAGGAUCGGAUACGAAAGGAGGAACAACAAGUGGAUAUGGCUUUGGCGGAUCACGAGGAAGCCCUUCACAACAUCCAAAGCUCCCUGAUUGUUGCGAUUCACAGUGAUUCUUCUAUACGAGGAGAGGUCUGCAGGGUAGGGUAUAUCAUUGGAGACGCCGGAACUCUUUAUAAGAUCCCAAGCCAGAGAGACACUCUGCGCUCGAAGGUGAUGGCGGAGGCGAGAAACCUAGCGAGCCUGAAGAGCUUCUUGUUUAAAGAGCAGCUUGCGCUUCGUGCGAGUGCUGAAGCCUUGAUCAAGCAGCACAACACUCCUCCGGCCGAGCAGUCUACCUCCCAGGAUCAAAGACUGAAAGAGCUAUUGGGAAAUCUCACCGAACUGGCCAUCGCUGUAGAAUCGAACUGGCGGAAAGCAUCAGAUAGGGAGCAGGCGCAGAAUGGCAAGGGUUUUUCACUGCUACCCUAUCCGGAGCCCCUGAUCUACCGCUUUGAGUAUUUCCUUUGUCACAACUUUCGAGUAGCAGUGGGAAAGCACCGGAGGAGCCAUGCCCCCAAGGGAAUCUACCCAAUUCUAGCCUGGAGGUGGCGGGUCACGGACUCCCCAUCGAGGAGACAAGAAGCAUUUGCGCAGGCGCGUAGUAUAGAACUAUCAGCUGAAAGCUUCGAACGUAGAUUUAUUCGAUUCGACUUGAAGGAACGCGGCCUCGAAGGAGCGAGAUCGUCGAAACCACGCCGAACUGAUUGCGGGUUGACGUCCGACUCUUGA